CCUCUUCAAAAUAAAUGUCAAUCCCAUGUCAAUCCGUCGAUUGUCGAAUCAUCUUUUAUUUACUCUAACUCAAAUACUCAAAAGAACAGACUUUUAAAAGGUUUAUUAUUAUUAUUGUUAUAGGAAUGGAGGAAUUGAUUAGUUAUUUAUUAUGACUGGAGAAAAAUCACGAAUAGAACGAAUUAUCGAUGAAAUUAAUUCAACAAAUGCUAAAAAGAUAGCUAUAUUAUUGAUCAUAGGUUUCGCCUGUUAUCAUGGAAUUCUACACUUGAGAUUCGGCACAAAUUCUUGCAAGUGGCUUUUAUCUGACGGACGUUACAAAGCAGAUGAAGAAUGGCAGCCCUACGGAUGUAUGCUACACUUGUAUACAAAAAUCGAUACUCGACGAUGUCUUCGGUAUAUAGCCUAUAUUGGACUAGAAACGCAUUUCGUUUUUAUGGGAGACACACGAAUUGUAGAGAUGUACCAAGCUUUCAUACAACAUUUAAACCAAGACGAAAAUGUUAGCCAAAAACCUACAACUCCAUUUACCAACUUGACUCAUAUUGAUAAUAAACUGAAAAUUAAAGUUGACUUCAUCUGGGCUCCACUUAUCUCUAAGCAAAUGGUAGAAAUAUUUAGGAAUUGGCUAAUAUCUGAUCACCCUCCAUCAGUGGUAGUAGUUGGUAAUGCAUUAUGGCCAAUAGUUAUUUCAAAUGCAUCCAAGACUGAAUUAAAGGAAUAUCAAGUAAAUCUUACAAGAUUAGUGCAGCCUAUAGACAUUCUAUAUAAAAUGAAAACGAGAGUUCUUUGGGCAUUACAGGCACCUGUAAAUGAGGAAAAAAUGAAUAUUGAUCAACAGAUGAUUACAAAUGAACAAAUUGAUCUAUACAAUAAGGCUGCAAUAGAAGUUUUGUCCCAUUCUGCAGCAGAUUUAUGGUGGAGUGCCCGUCUGGUUGGUCAAGGAAUGAUCCAAGAAAGUCCUGAUGGAGUCCAUCUUGCUGAAAGACCUCAAAGACAUAACACACAAAUUCUACUAAACAUGUAUUGCAAUGAUUAUAUGAAUUUCAAUGAUGGUACUUGCUGUAGUUCAGUUGAACCGAGAACUACUUUACAAAUUGUGACUUUUGCAGUCAUGGCUGUAUGUGUGACUAUAUCAGUUGUAAUGACACUACGAAGAAUGAUCCUUAAAUAUCGUGGUAGCCAAACCCAUGAAUACCAGAUGCUUCCUGACAAUGAACUUCAAUUACAGCCUCCUCCAAGCAACAGCUACUACAACCUGUUCAAAGCAAUUGCGAAAAUGGCGCUUAUAAUGGCUUACUUUUUUGUUUGUGAUCGUACAAAUUUUUUUAUGAAAGAAAAUAAAUAUUAUUCAGAGUUCAGUUUUUGGCUGCCGAUAGGGUAUAUUACAGUGUUAGGAUUGUUUUUUAUGGAAGAAAGCAAGUAUAAUAAAGUAUUGCAUCCCGAUCAGUUAAACGAAUGGAAAGGAUGGAUGCAGAUCGUCAUAUUGGUAUAUCAUGUCACUGGAGCUACUAAAGUUUUGAUGAUCAAUAUGCAUAUUAAGGUGCUUAUCUCCGCUUAUCUGUUCCUCUUGGCCUACCAACAUUUCAACCAUGUUUGGUAUAGAAACGAUAUCGGUAUUGUCAGCUUUUGUAGUAUGCUGUUUCAGCUGAAUUUCAUGACAGUCACUCUAUGCUUGUGCAUGAACCGACCAUAUCAAUUUUAUUAUUUCGCUCCGCUGUUGUCAUUUUGGUACGUCAUGAUAUACUGUUUUGCAGCAUUUCCGCCGCAUAUUAUGUCUCAGAAUUCAGAAAACGCCAUGCAGUAUUUUUAUUUGGUCAUAAAGUUCAUUUGUAUGUGCACAGUUAUCACUAUAUUGUUCAUGUCAGAGGUUUUUUUCGAAAAGAUUUUCGUUACCAGGCCUUGGAAGGCUUUGUUUGUGACUAUAGAUGAUGAUAUACAUGAGUGGUGGUCUAGAUGGAAGUUAGAUAGGUACUCAGUCAUGUAUGGAAUGAUUUUUGGGGUCAUUAUGAUGCUGUCUCAGAGAUACAAUAUUUUUGAUGAUAACAAUCAUUCUAAUUUAUUUUCAAGAGGUUUAGCUUUAAGUUCUACUUUAUUAGCAUUUGUAGGUAUCAGCUCUUAUAUGAUGUUUACAUAUUUAUGCAGGAAUGAGAUGGAAUGCAGUGAAAUUCAUUCGUACAUAGUAUUUAUUCCGAUUGUAAGUUAUAUUUUUUUAAGAAACGUUUCUGGGGUAUUAAGAACGAGAUAUUCCAGCUUAUUUGCGUGGUUUGGUGAGAUUUCACUAGAAUUAUUUGUUAGUCAAUAUCACAUUUGGUUGGCAGCUGAUACGCACGGAGUGUUAGUACUUGUUCCAGGAUACCCCGUGUUAAAUCUCAUAAUAACCACGUAUAUUUUUGUGUGUGCUUCGCAUGAGGUUCAUAAUAUAACAAAAGUACUACUUCCAUAUUCUGUUCCAAAUGAUUGGAAGUUGGCUUUAAGAAAUUUGAUUUUGUUUCUAGCAGUGCUGGUACCUAUUGGUAUCAAUGACGGCAUGUUUUAAGAUGUAUUUGCAUUGUUGAAACGUAAACCAAAAGAAAAAAAAAAUAAUAUACAUAUGGUGCAAAUGAAAAGGAAUAAAUAUAUUCAUUAUUUCGUGACUCAUUGACUUCUGGGAAUAAUCCUGAAAUCCGCCGAUUUUUAUUUUCAUAGCGCCAUCUGUGCGGUGUGAUGACGUCAUCGAUGGUUUUUUAAAUAUAAAUGUAGUUCAUAUGAUACAUCAUUUAGAGGGUCUUAAUUAUCUAUCGAUGACGUCAUCACGCUCGCACAGAUUACGUCACGAAUAAAAGUAAUAUCUGACAGAACGCAUCGACAGGUUUCAGGAUUUUUCCAAAAGUUGAGUUAUGAAAUAAUGAAUGUAUUCCAUUCAUUUGCAUCAUACUGUAUGAUACAUCUUUCAGAGUUGUUUCUGAAUUACGACAUGCAAUUAAAAUGAGUAUGAAUACACAUUUAUGCUGUAAAAAGAAUCGCCAAGCUAACAAUUGCUAAAUUCUAAAGCAUCUCUAAUCUAUUUUUAAAAAUUUUCAUUGUGAUAAAUACAUUUUUAAGUAUU